CACAACAUAUGGAAAACUCUUCCUCUCCUUCAUCUCCAUCCCGAUCGUCCUCGACGGAGACCCCAACCCCUAAUACGGCGGUUUCUGAAGAGGCGGUUCCGUUGCCCAAUAGCGACCAUGCUGAAGGGCUCUUCCCUACUAUAACACAACGGUUCGCUGGUUUUGCGGAGACCAACCCUGAGGAGGCUACUGCAUUGGCCCGGAUAACGCAGAUUAUGGUUCGAACAUACCCUGAGGCCGUCCAGACCGUCUUGGGUAUGGCCGGCAGGGCCAACUACUUCGCAACCCACUACCUCUCCUGGGUCCCCUUUAUGGGAGGAAUAGCUGAUAGGAUAUCUUCGGCAACAGCAGGGAUACCGUCGAGUCUUCGGGAGGAUCCAGACGCUCUCGAUGAGCGUAUCAAUCAGUUGUUGAUAGAGGUCCUGGGGCCAGAGAAAGCCGCUCAUUUAUGGGAUACCACUGAUGGAUCACCAGAGUCACUCGAAGGAGUUUCUGAGGUCGUCUUGACCACAGACGACGCGGUAGUUGGAGAAAAUUGUGCAAUUUGUAUGGAAGAGUACAAAGUAGAGGAUGAAUGUUACAAGCUUGCCUGUGGUCACUAUCUCCACAAAGAGUGUGGACGUCGAUGGUUGCAAAGAGCCCCCACAUGUCCGAUUUGUCGAGCCAAGCUAGCCUCUCAUGACGAGAGCUCCGAAAAUGGCCAUUCGGAGUCAUCGACCUUCUCUGACGGUCGAUUCACUCGACAUUAUGAAUCUAGUAGUAACGGCUUUUCUGUUCAAUUUCAAUGGCAACUUUAACCCCAUCUCACUUCGUAGUCCGUGUUUA